AACUGCCACCGUGUAAGGGUCCUUUGCGCAAUGCAUGGUGCAACCGGAGCUCAUCUGUGCAACUCACAUGUGUUAGAUAAUUCCAGAACACAGUAACAUCGAAGUAGCACAGGGAUUGCCAUUUGACAGUGGCUGUUGCUGAAGCUGUGAAGCAAGAUUAGCUACCGAUCUCCAUUUUUGAAGCUCUAAUUUACAACCAGUUUCAAUCAAGAUGUUGAAUUUUGCUAGAACAGCUUCGAGAAACCUCUCUCGCUCCCAGACUACGACAAGAGGUGUAUCCUCCUUGGUUAAGAAGGCUUGCUCCAACGGAUUGAGGCAAGAUGCGCUGAGAGUCUUGACCAGAAGAGAUUAUGCAUCAGAGGCAAUUAAAGGAUCUGUGAUUGGCAUUGACCUGGGUACCACCAACUCUUGCGUUGCGGUAAUGGAGGGUAAACAAGCAAAGGUCCUGGAGAACUCCGAGGGAGCCAGAACCACCCCCUCAGUCGUGGCUUUCACAGCUGAUGGAGAGAGACUGGUUGGCAUGCCAGCCAAGCGGCAAGCGGUCACAAACCCCACCAAUACCUUGUAUGCUACCAAACGUCUGAUAGGGCGUCGUUUUGAUGAUGCUGAAGUACAGAAGGACCUGAAAAAUGUCCCAUACAAGAUUGUACGGGCCUCCAACGGUGAUGCUUGGGUGGAGGCUCAUGGCAAACUGUACUCCCCAAGCCAGGGUGGUGCUUUUGUACUCAUGAAGAUGAAGGAAACAGCAGAAAAUUACUUGGGACACAAUGUCAAAAAUGCUGUGAUCACAGUCCCAGCCUACUUCAAUGACUCCCAGAGACAGGCAACAAAAGACGCAGGUCAAAUUGCAGGCCUUAAUGUUCUGCGUGUCAUCAAUGAACCUACUGCUGCAGCCCUUGCCUAUGGCCUGGAUAAAACUCAGGACAAAAUCAUUGCAGUUUAUGACCUGGGAGGUGGCACAUUUGACAUCUCAGUCCUGGAAAUUCAGAAGGGUGUUUUUGAGGUGAAGUCCACUAAUGGAGAUACAUUCCUUGGGGGAGAGGACUUUGACCAGCACCUUCUUAAGUACAUUGUCAAGGAGUUCAAGAAAGAGUCGGGUGUAGAUCUAACAAAGGACAACAUGGCCCUGCAGCGUGUGAGGGAAGCUGCAGAGAAGGCCAAAUGUGAGCUGUCAUCCUCUUUGCAAACUGAUAUCAACCUGCCCUACCUGACCAUGGAUGCAUCUGGCCCUAAGCAUUUGAACAUGAAGCUCACCCGAUCUCAGUUUGAGGGCAUCGUAGCUGAUCUGAUCCGCCGCACAGUCGCCCCCUGCCAGAAGGCCAUGCAGGAUGGUGAAGUGGCCAAGAGUGACAUCGGUGAGGUGCUCCUGGUCGGUGGAAUGACCCGUAUGCCAAAGGUCCAGCAGACUGUCCAGGAUGUCUUUGGCCGUGCACCAAGCAAGUCGGUCAACCCUGAUGAGGCGGUGGCUAUUGGGGCAGCCAUCCAAGGUGGUGUCCUGGCUGGAGAUGUCACGGAUGUGCUGCUACUGGACGUUACGCCCCUCUCACUUGGCAUUGAGACACUUGGUGGCGUUUUCACAAAGCUGAUCAACCGUAACACCACCAUUCCCACUAAAAAAAGUCAGGUGUUUUCUACGGCUGCUGAUGGACAGACACAGGUGGAGAUUAAAGUUUGCCAGGGUGAGCGUGAGAUGGCUGCAGACAACAAGAUCCUGGGCCAGUUCACCUUGGUGGGAAUUCCCCCGGCUCCACGAGGAGUGCCCCAAAUUGAGGUCACAUUCGACAUUGAUGCCAACGGUAUUGUCCACGUCUCCGCAAAAGACAAAGGCACUGGCCGUGAGCAGCAAAUUGUGAUCCAGUCCUCUGGUGGGUUGAGCAAAGAUGACAUUGAGAACAUGAUCAAAAAUGCCGAGAGAUACGCAGAGGAGGACAGGAGAAGGAAGGAUCGUGUUGAAGCUGUGAACAUGGCUGAGGGCAUUGUCCAUGAUACAGAGUCAAAGAUGGAGGAAUUCAAAGACCAGCUUCCAGCUGAUGAGUGCAAAAAGCUAAAGGAGGAGAUUGAAAAAGUCAGAGACCUCUUGUCACGGAAGGACACAGAGACGGGAGAAAACAUCAAACAGGCUGCCACUAAUCUCCAGCAGGCAUCACUCAAGUUGUUUGAAAUGGCUUACAAGAAGAUGGCGUCAGAAAGAGAGGGCAGCGGCGGCUCCAGCACUGGUGGUGGUGAGGAGAAGAAGGAGGGACAGCAGUAGAGCCUUUGCACAUGUAUUGUGUCUCAGACUAAAGAACUGAAAGGCUUGGGAUCAUGGAGGACACUAUCCCGAGCGCUCAUUGCAUUCAAGUCAUUCUCACCUACUGUGUUUUUGCAGUACAAUUUACCAUAUAUUAUCAGUCUGUUAAAUCUUUCUCUUAUCUAAAUCUCUUUGUAAUUCAAUAGCUGAAAUUAUUAUAAUGUGUUUUUUUUUUGUUUUUGUUUUUUUCUCAACCUCAUUGGCAGGAGUCUGUGAACAUGUGUAGAUAUCUAUAGUAGUUCAAUGUUCAUCUGAUUAUUCACUUUGUUUCAGUUGUCCUCAUGGCUAUAAAUGGUCUCAGGGGUUGAUGACCCUCUCACAAUGUUUUAGGUUAAUUCUCAUCCCUAGCAAGCUCUCAACAUGUGCAUGCACAUGGAGGAGGUACUGUAGAAUGUCUUGUUCCUUUUUCACAUCAGCGGUGUAUGGAUUAGUAAUGCCCAAAUGCGUUCCUCAAAGGGGAUCAAAUGUGGAGUGUGAACUUUUGAGUGAAAUGGCUUGGCUGCACCCCAUCCAUUUUGUUGCACAUUAUUCCAUUGAUUACUGAAGCCUGAAACUCUUCUCCUUGUCAAGUUCACAUACUGUGAGAUGCAUCAUAAAUGUAGAACAUCAGGUCUUUUUUCCAACACCAGGCCAUAAAUAAUUUCGAUGUGCACGACGACGCUUUACCUGGAUCUGCAAGAUUGGACUUUCAGAAAAUACUGAUGCUUGACAUUUUCAGCUCUUUAGGUCAUGGUUAUUGUGAAAAUGCAUCAACCCCCAAGCGGCCUUUGAGAUUGUUAAGGCCUCACUGACAUGCAGGCUAUGGAAUUAUGUAUGAAGUGAGGUUGUUUAAUGUUAUAUGAUGGAGUUAAGUAAUAUACAGAAGGGUUAAGAGGUGAUUGGUGAUUCCACAGCAAUCUUUUGUAAUAAAACAUUUAAAUGUG